UAGUCAGCGUCAGUAUACAGCCAGAGUAAGUAUAGCCGGUUGUUUGUGCGCGCGGCACUGCAGUUCUUUCGUGACCACGCGUCGCUGUGGUUGUCAUCGUUGUCGAUCGUAUAUGGGUAUAACGGCUCUAAAAAAAGCAGACAUGGCAAGUGAAAGAACGCCUAGUUGUGGUCCAGGUUAUCCUAGUCCAAGAGAUGCAACGCUGCAUGGGCCGCGCGAGAAAAUACUCUAUGUGAACUGCAUACACACCCAUCCAAACAAACCUGAUGCACUCGCAACUGUUGAUGUCGACCCUGACAGUCCCACUUAUUGCCAGAUAAUCCACAAGUUGAGCAUGCGAGAAGUGGGAGACGAGCUACAUCACAGUGGUUGGAAUAUCUGCAGCAGCUGCCACGGAGAGCCAGGCAAACGCGACACCCUUGUAUUGCCAUGCCUCAUGUCCGACAGAAUCUAUUUUGUCGAUGUCACGGACGAGAGGGCUCCGAAGAUCAAGAAGAUACUGGAACCCGAAGAAAUGUACAAGUUUGGAGUUGCGACUCCGCAUACAGCUCAUUGCUCACCUACCGGUGAAAUUAUGAUUUCGACCUUAGGAAGACCUAAUGGCGAUGCGUAUGCUGACUUUCUCUGUAUUGACACAAAAACACUGGAAAUUACGGGAACGUGGGUGAAGGGACCGAAGAGAGCCAAGUUUGGUUAUGACUUCUGGUAUCAACCGCACCACGACACCCUCGUCGCUACGGAGUGGGGCACGCCAAAAGUCUUCAAACGGGGUUUCAGCGCCGACAACCCACACGAUCAUGAGGUCUACGGUAGAAGCUUAAAUUUUUACUCGUGGAAGGAUAGGACACUGAAGCAGGUGAUCAAUUUAGGCGAAGAAGGUGUGACACCACUGGAGGUGAGAUUUCUGCACGAGCCAACGAGCCAAGACGGUUACGUGGGUUGUGCCGUGAAUUCGACCGUUUACCAUUUUCACAAGGACGGACAGGGCGAUGUUUGGGUCGCUGACAAAGUCAUCAAGGUGCCGUUGAAAAAAGUCGAAGGAUGGAUGGCACCAUACAUGUCCGGUAUGAUCACGGACAUUCUCGUCAGUCUCGAUGACAAAUACCUGUAUUUUUCCAAUUGGUUGCACGGCGACGUGCGUCAAUACGACAUAACCAAUCGCGCGAAACCACAACUCACUGGACAAAUUUUCAUGGGCGGCUCUAUUCUGUCUGAUUCGAAAGUACGAGUCAUCGAGGACCACGAGCUGGAAAAACAACCUGAUCCGGUCUAUAUAAAAGGUCGCAGACUCGAUGGUUCUCCCCAAAUGCUGCAACUCAGCUUAGAUGGGAAACGACUAUAUGUGACCACAUCGAUUUUUAAGCCUUGGGAUCGGCAAUUCUAUCCCGAACACAUGAAGAACGGCUCUGUUAUGGUGAAAUUUGACAUUGAUGUUGAGAAUGGUGGAAUGAAACUCGAUGAAAACUUUUUGGUUGAUUUUGGUGCGGAUAGAACUGAUGUUAUGCUUGCUCACGAAAUGAGAUAUCCUGGCGGAGAUUGUACGUCAGAUAUAUGGUUAGCAGAUAAUCAAAGGAGUUGCAGCAGAAAUUAAUUUCUAUGUUAUUCGAUUAUGAUUUUAUUUUGUAGUAUGGAGUACUUUUUAUAUUUCAAAUAAAAUACCUGAAAAUUUA